UUUUUUUUAAGACUCUAGCAUGUCUCCUUUGCACCUCAUCGCGAGCUUGUUCAUUUUGUCCUUCGUGGAUUCCAGGGUUCCUCGGACUCAUUUCUUGAUUAAAGGUCAUGUAAAAGAAUCUUUGAGAAAACUUCCUUGGAAAUGGCGCCAUGAGAAAACAUCAUAUAAAGUGAAAACUCCGCUUACAAUCGGGGUUGACGUUGUGUCCAGUUACAAAUUAAGGGCAGACUCAGUUGAAAUCGAAGGGAUCUUUAACACUAGCCACUUUCAAUUCCGUGAUUGUGCUGCUAUUAUGAAGAGAACUCCAGAAGUGCAAGGAAAAGAUGGAGUGUAUACUAUAUACCCUGACGGCAGGACAGAGAAGCGAGUAUUCUGUGACAAGACGACAGAAGGAGGAGGCUGGACGGUCAUUCAACGACGAAAAUACGGCAUCACUGAUUUUUAUCGAUCGUGGGCGGAAUACAAGAGAGGAUUCGGAGGAGCAAAAACAGAUUACUGGUUAGGAAAUGACGCAAUUCACUCACUGACGUCACUAGCAGCAGAGGAACUACGUAUAGACCUUGUAGACUUUUCAGGUUCUAAAGCAUUUGCUAGAUAUUCUAAGUUUGUAAUUGCCAGUGAGAAGGAUAAAUUCAAACUGUCAGUAGGUGGAUACAGUGGCAAUGCAGGGGACGGUUUAAAAUAUCACAACGGCUAUACCUUUUCUACGAAAGACAAAUAUGCAAAAGAAAAUUGUGCUAAAGGUUUCGAGGAGCAUGGUGGUAUGACAAUUGUUACUAUUCAAAUUUAAACGGACCAUUUCGCACAUCCGCUUUGAAAACUUUUGAGGCCAUAGUAUGGAGAUCUUGGAGAGAUAAAACAGCCCUUAAAUCAACAAGGAUGAUGAUUCGUCCAAAGAAAUAAAUUGUCAAAGCAGCUGAUUGAAAGCCUCGGAGAACAGAAAUAAAGAUUAAAAAUCAAAGUGAGACAUUUAUUUAUUGCAAUUUAUUUUAGAAUCUGAAGUGAAAAACUGAAAACUGAAAAUGGUUUUUAAUACUAGAAAGAUAUUUAUCAAUCCCAUCCAAUUACAACCCUCAGUGGUCAAGUGACA